AUGAAAGCCAGGGAGGAGCCGCAGUUGAAAACGCUCCCGGUAACGCUUCUUAAAAGAAGGAAGCACACAAAUAGGGAUGUAUUCAAAGCACAAAGGGAGCGUGCAGAGCAAAUUAGGAAACGCGCAAAGACUAGACGCUCUGAAAUUAAACGGCCUGCUUUCUUCAUUGCGGCAUCCAGAAAGCGCAGGAGAGAUGAGAUGCGCUUAAAGCGUGUCUUCAAGCGCAAGAAACCGUGUAUGGCUGCUGAUGCCAACCGCCUUGGAUUAAUCGUGCGCAUAAAGCGCGAAGAAGAAGAGAUCUCAAAGGAAUGCUUGGAGAUUUUACAUUUAUUACGUUUGGAUACCUAUAAUUUGGCCGUCUUUGUGAAAGUGAACCAGCCUAUGCUCGAGCUGCUUAGCUUCAUCGAACCUUACAUUGCUUGGGGUUAUCCGAGUCUGCAAACAGUUCGAGACCUACUUUUCAAGCGUGGUCGCACUCUGAUUGGACGUCGUAGCCAAUCGGUCGACAAUCAGCUAAUAGAAUCGAGGCUUGAUUGCAUUUACAAGGCUCACCUUUUUGUGUGA